AUGUCAAAACUUAUUCUAGUGCUAGGUGCUACAGGCAAACAAGGUCGAGCUCUCAUUGAAGCUCUUCAACCCGCCUCAGACUCAGAUGACAUACCAUUUCGAGUUCUGGCUCUCACUAGGUCAGCUUCCAGUCCGAGCGCACAGCGCUUGGUCCAGGAAAGACACGUACAAGUAGUCGAGGGAGACCUCGACUCACCAGAGUCCAUGCGGAAAGUCUACGAAGAUGCAAAAUUUUUGGGUGGAAUAUGGGGCGUCUUCUGCGUUCUGGCAUUCCCAGGGCUUGGUGCGAACGCAGAUGGGGAGGAGCGACAGGGAAAGUUCAUGGCGGACCUAGCACUCGAAUAUGGGGUGUCAGUAUACAUUUACUCAACCGCCGAACGUGGUGGCGAGCAGAAUGAUGAGAUGGAGAAGCUGUCGGGUCGUGCCAAAGUACUUGCGGAGCGGCAUGUCCAGGCCCUCGGUGAGAAGGGUCUCCCAUGGACAAUAAUGCGCCCAGGAUUCUUUCUAGAUAACUACAAUGACUUCAUUGGUUCUGUCACUGUGGCUGUAAUGACUCGCGGUCUCAAAGAGGACUCGAAACUCGGGGUCAUCGACCCGAAAGAUAUUGGCCAUGUUGCUGCUGCCGUGUUCAAGAACCCUGAGAAAUACAAACACCAGAUACUCGUGGUUAUUGGGGAUGUGCUCACCAUGUCUGAGCAACAUGCAUCCUACAAACGCGCAACGGGUAGAACCCUUCCCUCCAUUUAUGGCUUUUUAGCCACCAUCAUUUUAGCGUUGAACAAAUCAACUCAAGAGCUGUGA